AACAGGAAACUAGGAAAAGACGUCGCUAUGGUAACGGAUAAAACUCUGUAAAGAUUAGCUUGUUAGCAACUGUCUGCCUUCUUUAUAUCCUCUCUCUUGUUGUGGCUAGCGUUAUAUUAUUGACAUGCGAUGGAGGGUUCAGAUACAUACCUCAUACGACCUAAUCAUCAGCACAAGUUUAAGCCAGCCAUUGUGAAGGAGUGUAUUCGGGAAAUUGUGAGGGAGCGACUGUCUGGGAUGCAGUACGACCCAGAGGAAGUCCCAGAGCUGUCCCGUUCACUGGCAGACUGCAUUAAAGACAAAGUGAAGAAUGCAGGGUUUGACAGAUAUAAGCUUGUCGUGCAGGUGGUCAUUGGGGAACAACGAGGACAAGGAGUCAAGAUGUCUUCAAGGUGUUUGUGGGAUUCUGACACAGACAACUAUGCAGAAGAUGUUUUCAUGAACGACAGCUUGUUCUGUGUGGUGGCAGUUUUUGGAAGCUAUUACUACUGAAGACAAGAGGAUGGAUGACAGAGAAUUCUUUCAGAUGAAAAGAUGUGAGGUGAACAUCCAAAUGAGACUGCUCACCGUCAGCAUUUCGGGUCCACGGUGUGUUGAUCUGAAGUUACUGUGUAUGGAUUUGCUGCAUCUUGAGAUCUACACGAUGACAUCCAUUGUAGAAGUGAUGGAUAUCUGUACUGAAGAUGAUUAUUAAAGACUCAAGCCUCUUUUAUGGCUAAUAAAAUAAUGAUACUUUGACAAGUAUCAUGUCUUACCUCAAAACAUGGCAAUUUUGAGUCCUUAAAUGUCACCAAACAUGUCCUCAAAGGUGUUGAGAAGUUUGAUGUCAGGGUGAGUGUGGGUAUCCUCAGUGUAUUCAUGAGAUGCUAUGUUUACUAGAGAAGGCAGCUGACUUUCACAUCCAUCAGUGAAAAUGUCAACUUUACCACUUUCUUUCUUCAAGAUAAAUCUGUAAAAUAGCAAAGUGAUCAGUUGUUUACUUUGAAGGGUUAACAGAUUAAAAAUUUCUCCACCAAUAUUUCCAGAAAUUUUUUGUGUAUUUAGCAGACCUGCUAGAUUAGUAGAUUGCUUGUGAUCACAAGCAUUACAAGCGGUAUGGAGGACUGUAGCAGUUGUUGUAUCCAGUACUAGUGAGUAUUUUUAGCUGCAAAAACACAGUAAAAGCAACUGAAUGUAAUGCAGUACAAUCCGUAUUUGUACUACACUUUAGGUGCUGGACUUAGCACAGCACUACAGUAGAGAUCAGUAUUUGUCUCUGAUUGUCAAGAUCAUGACAUGAUAAUUAUUAUAGGCGUUUUUGCAGGAGCGCUCUGAUAGCCUAUGGUGAUCAGAUGUCCCAGUUUGUCCGGGAUUUUACCCAGUUUCAAGCUGGGUGUCCCGAGUCUUUUCUUUUUCCUGACAAAGAUUUGUUUUCAUAGACGUUGAUCAUGUUCUGUCCCAAUCAUUAUUACCUAACCCAAUAUAAAAACAUAAACAAUG